AUGUCAUCAUCUUGUAGGAAGCUACUAUCCUCAACUAAUUUCCGACCCCUUCCAUCAUCUCUCCUAAACUCUCUUCGCUACAUCCAAUUAAACACACCCUUUAAUCCCAAUGACUCAAAAGGCUUAACCACCGAUCUCAUCAAGUCUUAUUUCAACAAAGGCUCAAUCGAAGAAGCACACUCCCUAUUCGACAAAAUGCCCCAGAGAGAUGUUAUUGCCUGGACAGUCAUGAUCACUGGCUACACUUCAUGUAAUCACCACAAACGUGCAUGGAAUGUGUUUUCUAAUAUGCUCAGAGAGGGAGUGAAACCCAAUGCUUUCACUGUUUCGGCUGUUUUGAAGGCUUGUAAAAGCUUGAAAGCUCUUUUGUGUGGUGAAUUAGUUCAUGGGUUGGCUAUCAAGAUUGGUACUCGAGGGUCGUCUAUAUAUGUUGAUAAUGCACUCAUGGAUAUGUAUGCCACUUGCUGUGAUAACAUGGACAAUGCUAGACUGGUUUUUGAGGAUAUUGUAAUGAAAAAUGAUGUCUCUUGGACUACUUUGAUCACUGGGUAUACUCAUAGACGUGAUUCCUUUGGUGGUCUUCAAAUUUUUCGCCAAAUGUUUAUGGAGGGAGGAGAACUGAGUCCUUUCAGCUUUUCAAUUGCUGUUAGUGCUUGUGCGUCGAUUGGCUCAAGUAAUUUGGGUGCUGUUGCGCAUCUGAGGCAAAACAAGUAUUUAGUGAAAUGA